AUGUACGCUACAAUUUUCACCCCUGCUCUUAUGGGCCUCAUCAGCCUGUGCAACGCCUCGCCGACCUUUCACGAGUCCAAGGAAGGCGCCUCUCCGCAGUUCUACAACACCGCGGACGGCCCUCAGAUUUCCGCACCCAAGACGCCUUACGUCGCUGUCGCAGGCUCUGACAAGCUCUACUACAUCGACACGCGCUUCGACGUCGAGACGGCCAGCCACAUCAAGGAGCAGAUUGAGUGGGCCGCGGCCCCUCGUCCCGGCACCUACAUCUCCAUCGACGACGUCGCCGCCACGGCUGCCGUCAAGGAUGCCUCGACCAACGCGACGCUUUUCGACUUCAACCCGGCCUACGCGCGCGUGCUAUUUGCCAGCAUCCUCAACAAGAACAACCCUUCGCUGGCGCUGCCCGUGCACGCGCCCGCGGGCGACUGGGAGGUCACGUACGGCGACGGUGCGCAGUCGCUGACGGAGCGCUCGGCGCACUGCUCCCAGUACGGCUGCCACUCGGACGACGACUGCAAGCGCGCGUCUCACAAUCUGUGUGGUAAAUGCCACCACGCGCGCGUCGACAACGAAUGCGAGGUCGGCCACCUCAACCAUCUUGGCCUCUGCGCGGGCGACCGCUGCGCCAAGGCGGUCGACACCCCGCGUAUCAAGGGCGAGAGCGAUGCGAGCUACUACCAGCGCAUGGACAAGCUGCACUUUGGCGCGUAG